GAAGCGACUGGAGCAGGAGAUUGCUGAGCUGAAGAGGACAGAUGCUGAGAUGAAGCAACUUUCACUGAUAGAAGAUCCGAUCCAUUUCCUCAAGAACAUUGUGCCCAUCACUGGGAGGCCUUACAGCACAACUUCAACCAGCGUGACCUUCAGCCAAAGCUUCUCCUUGGAGCCCCUGAAUGAAUCGUUGUCUGCGCUGAAGAUGCAGCUGGAGGAGAAAUUAGAUUCAGUCUUCCAGCAGGAAAUAGACAAAAUAUCUGCAGCAGCUAUGAUACAUUUCCAGAUCAUCCAGAACAUACAAUAUACUGAUCCUGAACUCCCAGUCAGAAGAGCAGACAGUAAGGGUCUCCUGCCACCAGACAUGUCUGAUGGCCAGGCUCUUAUUGCUGAACCAGUGACCAGAGAGGACUUCUUACAGUAUUCCUGUCACUUCACUCUGGAUCCAAACACAGUACACAGAGUCCUCCAUCUGUCUGAGGGGAACAGGAGGGUGGAGCCGAGACUUGGGGCCCAGUCAUAUCCUGAUCAUCCAGACAGAUUUGAUUGGCAUACUCAGGUGCUGUGUAGAGAGGGUGUGUCUGCACGAUGCUACUGGGAGAUGGAGUGGAGUGGAGAGGUUAAUAUAGCAGUGUCAUAUAAAAGCAUCAGCAGGAAACGAGAGCGUGAUGUUGACGAUGAUGAUGAGGACGACGGGGUGCUUGGAGGUAAUGAUCAGUCCUGGUGUUUGGUCCUCAAUAGUCCCCGCUCCUCUUUCUUCCACAAUGAUGAAAAGACUGAUCUCCCUCUAGUGGCCAGCUCCAGAAUAGGAGUGUAUGUGGAUCACAGGGCAGGAACUCUGGCCUUCUACAGCAUCUCUGGAGACAAAAUGACCCUCCUGCACAGAGUCCACACCACAUUCACACACCCUCUCUACCCUGGGUUUUGGUUAUAUGAAAUACCCUCCUCAGUGAGGCUGUUGUGAGGUAAAUGCUGCUCCUGUGGAUCAUCUCAUAUGUACAUUCAUGUAUGUACAAG